UUGGUCCGUUGGUUCGGUUCCUUUUAGAAAGUAGUAGUCAGUCCAACCAACCAACCCAUAUCCAAGUUUUGUUGAUGGAGCCGAGCACCUCCACCGCCGGACUUCCACCGUCAAACAAGCGGCGAAUCAUAUCUUCAACAACAACAAUUCAAAGCCUGAAUGAAGACAUAAUCUCCACUGUUUUCUCUUAUCUUGAUUUCAUCCAUCUCAUUCGCUGCUCUGCCGUAUGCAAAUCUUGGAGUAGAGCCAUUGAUAAGUCGAAGUUACUGCAAGCAUUGUACAACAAGCAAAAAGGGAUUUUUGGUGGUGAAUUUAGCAUAUCUACCUUUUCAGGAAGAACUUGGAAAAGACAACUUCAGGACUUCGCUAUUAGUCAACAUCGUUCCUGUUUACAUGCAGGUUCUGUUGAUAUAUAUCAAUGGAAAGGUCAUUCUGAUGGGAUUAACAGGUGUAAAAUGAAGAUGGGAUUACUCCUCACUGGCGGAACUGGUAAGGUGAUGCGCCUGUGGUCUAUAGAAAGAUACAAAUGUCUGGCUGAGUAUUACCUUCCACAUACAGACCCUCUGAUCGACUUCAAUUUUGACGAGAGCAAGGUUGUUGGAUUGGUAGGAAGUCACAUAUGCUUAUGGAGGCGCAAUGAGAGGAAAAGUAUUUUUUCCUCGCAUGGUGGUCAAUUUCCUAGAAGUACUUGCAUGUGUUAUGUAGAUCCAGAGGCUGUUGUUGGUGGUGAGGAUGGAAGAGCUCGUGUAUUUGAUAUGUAUGGCAGGAAAUGGUCUAGAAUCAUAAAGAUGCAUGAUGGACCUAUUACGUGCUUAUCUUUUAAUGAUGACCAGUUGCUUAUUGGUGGUUCCUCAUUUGGUCAAGUAUCUUUGUCGGAUCUUUCGUCUGAUCAGCAAGUAGCAACAUUGAAGACCAAUGAUUAUGCGGAUCUGACCACUUUGUGUUACAACUCAUGCUCACACAUGUUAUUUGCCGGGUCAAGAGCAGGGCGGGUAUCUUCUUGGGACCUAAGGAUGAUGAAACGACUGUGGGAGGUACGAGUGAGUCCAAACUUCAUAAGUUCAGUUCAACACAUGCGGGGUGACAUCUCAAUAAUUGCCGUGGGUGGAAUAGACGGUGUGCUGCGCCUUGUAGACCAGCAAAAUGGCGACAUAUUGUCAAAUUGCAUAAUGGAUGAAAGUAGCAGAAAGCUGUAUCGUUCCCAACCUUCUCAAUCAACUGUUACAAGAAAAAAAGGAAUACGAGUUUCAGAAGAGGCUCGUUUAGAUUUGAUACCCAGAACUUCCAGACCUUCCAUCAACAGCUUAGCUGUCGGGAUGCAAAAGGUUGUUACCACACAUGCUGAUGGAUACAUAAGAGUCUGGCGAUUCACCAAAUGAAUAAUCAGUCAUGCAUGGUAAUGUUUUAUAAUUCAUGGUACUACGUUCUAAGCUUCUACCUUUAUAUGUAUUCAAUUAGAUUGAUAUUUAUCUUGUUGUAACAUAAUAAUCCUGAUGUAUAAUUAAAACUAUAUAUAUACAGUAUGUGGCAAGGGAACAUAUGGUAAGUUCA